CCAGGCUCUGCCAGCAGCUGUCUCUUUUCUGGGGACCUUUGGCCCUCCAGGCUGGCACGAUGCGCGUGGUGGUGAUCGGCGCGGGCGUCAUCGGCCUCUCCACUGCCCUGUGUAUCUACGAACGCUACCACCCGGUUCUGCCCUCACUGGAGCUAAAGGUCUAUGCAGACCGCUUCAGCCCAUUUACCACCACUGACCUGGCAGCUGGCCUCUGGCAGCCCUAUCUCUCUGAGCCCAGCAAUCCCCAGGAGGCGCACUGGAACCAGCAGACCUUUGACUACCUCCUGGGCCACGUCCAUUCUCCCAAUGCGGCAUCCAUGGGGCUGGCUCUCAUCUCCGGCUACAAUCUCUUCUGCAAAGUGGUUCCGGACCCUCCGUGGAAGAACACGGUUCUGGGAUUCCGAAAGUUGACCCCUAGAGAGCUGGACAUGUUCCCUGAUUAUAGCUAUGGCUGGUUCAACACAGCCCUAAUACUGGAGGGCAGGAGGUACCUGCAGUGGCUGACUGACAGUCUAACUGAAAGGGGAGUGAAGUUCUUCCAGAGGAAGGUUGAGUCUUUUGAGGAGGUGAAGACGGUGUUUGAUGUGAUCAUCAACUGCACUGGGGUGUGGGCUGGGGCGCUCCAGCCAGACCCCCUGCUACAGCCGGGCUCGAGGCCAGAUCAUCCAGUAGAUGCCCCUUGGCUGAAGCACUUCAUCAUGACGCAUGACCCAGAGAAAGGCAUCUACAAGUCCCCGUACAUCAUCCCUGGAAUCCAGACAGUGACUCUCGGGGGCAUCUUCCAGCUGGGAAACUGGAGUGAGGUGAACAGCACCCAGGACCACAAGACUAUUUGGGACGGCUGUCUCCAACUGGUGCCCUCUCUGAAGAAUGCAAAAUUUAUUGGUGAACGCACUGGCUUCCGGCCAGCUCGCACCCAGGUACCGCAUAGAACGAGAAGAAGCUUUGCUUCCGACCCAGCACGUAGAGGUGUCAUCCACAACUACGGCCAUGGAGGCUACGGACUCACCACCCACUGGGGCUGUGCUCUGCAGGAGGCCACACUCCUGGGCCAGGUCCUGGAGGAGAAGAAGCUGCUCAGGGCACCACCAUCCCACCAUCUGAAGAUCCACGAACCCCGGCACUCCUCAGCCACCCCCACUGCCUUGGCUAGCCAGUCCAGGGACCCUUCUAUUAGCCACCUUUGCUCCCUACCUCCUCACCCUUCCCUACUUAUUUUG